AUGAGUGGAUUUACAGAACUGCAUCGUGAUUUUGCAAUGGCAACGGUGAAGAGAAUCGACCCAUGGCAGCUUUAUGAGCCACCGAUCAAAAAACGGAAUACAUAUCCGGAAUAUCCGCUGCUGAACAUUCAAUUGGAUGCAAUGGAUUUUGUGCCACUUGAGAAAUUUCACACGUAUGCAUACAAAAAAGCCUGUCAGUUUGGAUUUCGAGUAGUUGGCAGUUACGCAAUCCCACCGACGAAGACGUCACUGAUGCCGGAUGACCAGAGGAAGCGGGUAAAGGAAACGGCGCAUAUUCCAAUUGGUGUUACGAUGAUGAUAAAGAAGUAUGAACAAGCAGAUGAGGAUAUCAGGUAUAUUCCGGACGAAAUUCUUGAAGCUCGAAAAGCUGAACUGCUAAGCUUGGAUGAUCCAAAAACAAGGAAAUUGCUCGGCUGGGAGUGA